AUGUCUACAACCGAUCACCCGGAGUCGGGGCUAAACACCAACAGAGAUACUAGCCAACCCCCAAUCACUACAUCUCCGCAGGACCAACAGACGCCAGCACCAACCACGGAGCUCCAAGCCCAACAAGACCUCGUCGCUGAUACGUCCAUCUCAUCCGUCCAUGAUCAAACACCCGCGAACCAGACCCAAACCCACCCCGCAACUGGUCCCAGUGGCGAAACCGAAUCCGCCCCCGUGACAACACCACCGACCACAGCCAACUCUCCUCAAACCGUCACUGACAACACAUCAGCUGUCCCGCUGGCACAAGACACUACACCGCCUUCAAUGGAGACCGACGAGUUAAAGACUGUCCCCGAGACCUCGACAGAGCACUCCGAUGACGGCUCUGGGAAGGAACUUGAGGAUGAUGCUGGCCCGUCGCUGGUGAUCACUUUGCUGUUGACAACAGGAUCGCGGCACCCGUUUACUAUCGAUGGAAAAUAUCUAAAGAAGCGAUCAGUGAAUGUCGAGAACUCCGAUCCAUUCCUGAUGAGCGUCUACACGCUUAAGGAGUUGAUCUGGCGCGAAUGGAGAUCCGAUUGGGAGACCCGUCCUUCCUCACCAAGCUCGAUCCGUCUUAUUUCGUUCGGGAAGUUGUUGGAUGAUAAGGCGCCUGUUUCUGACUCCAAGUUCAGCAAAGAACAUCCAAAUGUCGUCCAUAUGACUGUCAAGCCGCAAGAAGUCGUUGACGAGGAAGAUGCAAAGGGAGCGAAGGCACAGUACACCCGGGAGCGCGAAGCUAGCGAGCGUAGUCCUGGAUGUCGAUGCGUGAUUCUAUAA